AUGAUAAUCCAUUUUUUUGUGACUAAAUUGCAAGAUAUGGAUGUGGACGACAUGUGGUUUCAAGAAGAUGGUCAUCCCGCCCUCCGGCUCUCGGAAAGCUGCAUCUUCCAGCAGUACCCCGAGAAUUCUGACAGCUGGAUCUGUGGUCAGAGCAGUGAUGCAAGACUAGAACUCAGAUCUCAAGAAAUGCAGACGGAAACAUCGCGGCCGGAGGAAGGCUGCUCCCCUUUCGCGUCUCUACGGUGUUUUGCACGAGCCUCUGGCGCCACCGAGGCCGCCCUGGUCCCGCUUCUCGGGCGGCUCAGCUUUGCCAGCCGCGAGCACCCGCCCCCGCGUUCUCCCCGGGCUCGUGCCAGCACAGCCCACGUGGCCGCGCCCUUGCCGCACUUCACCUCCCGCUACCCACAACCCGCCUCCACCCCACUUCCGUUCGCCCAGCACCCUCUUCACUGUCUGCUUGGGCCUGGCCUCCGGGGGGUGACCCCCAAGCCCACCAGCCCAGAUGGGUCUCAAGCUACCUCCUCGACUCUGCUGGUCUCUGUGCCAAGCUUUGACAGGUCAGACCCCCAUGGCCCAGGUCCAGGCACAAGCAGGGGCCCACGGUCCCAUGGAUGGAAGGAUGCCUUCCAGUGGAUGUCUGGCCGUGUCUCCCCGAACACCUUGUGGGAUGCCGUAUCGUGGGGCACUCUGGCUGUGCUGGCCCUGCAGCUGGCAAGGCAGAUCCACUUCCAGGCAUCGCUGCCAGCAGGACCUCGGCGAGCGGAGCACGGCUCUUGGCGCAGUCCCCUGGACUGUUUCCUCUCCUCUCCCCUGUGGCAUCCGUGCUCCUCGUUGCGGAGGCACAUUCUCCCCAGCCCUGACAGCCCAGCUCCCAGACACACUGGCCUCAGGGAACCCGGGCUGGGCCAGGAAGAACCCUCCGCUCAGCCCAAGAGCCCCUCCUCACAUGGAUCCUUGAGAGCAGCUGAUCCUCAGGAGCCCCCUGAGGAAGAUCCCAGUGAUGUCAGCUUCCUGCAUGCCAGCAGUAGCUUCAGCUCCCAGGCAAAACCAGCCCAGCCUCAGCCCACUGGUGAAAAGCAGGAACAAGAUAAAUCAAAAACGCUUUCCCUCGAGGAGGCUGUGACUUCCAUUCAGCAACUCUUCCAGCUCAGUGUUUCCAUCGCUUUCAACUUCCUAGGGACAGAGAACGUGAGGAAUGGAAACCACGAGGCUGCCUUUUCCUACUUCCAGAAAGCAGCAGAGCGUGGCUACAGCAAAGCACAGUACAACGAGGGCUUGUGUCAUGAGUAUGGCAGAGGCACCUCCAGGGACCUUGGCAAGGCGGUCCUUUGUUACCAGCUGGCUGCCAGCCAGGGCCACAGCCUGGCUCAGUACCGCUACGCCAGGUGCCUGCUACAAGGCCCAACCCCCUCGGGGGACCCUGAGCGGCAGAGGGCAGUGCUCAUGCUGAAGCAGGCUGCAGACUCAGGCUUGAGAGAGGCCCAAGCUUUCCUCGGGGUGCUUUUCACCAAGGAGCCAUACUCGGACGAGCAGAGAGCUGUGCAGUAUCUUUGGCUUGCUGCCAACAAUGGGGACUCACAGAGCAGGUACCACUUGGGAAUUUGCUAUGAGAAGGGCCUUGGUGUGCAGAGGAGCCUGGGAGAGGCUGUGCGAUGUUACCAGCAGUCAGCGGCUCUGGGGAAUGAGCCUGCCCGGGAGAGGCUGCGGACCCUCUUGUCCAUGGAGGCAGCAGGUGCAGCCUCGGGGCCCAAGGACCUGGCAGUCACAGGGUUGAAGUCCUUCUCCAGCCCCUCCCUCUGCAGCCUGAACACCCUGCUGGCAGGAGCCUCGUGCCUCCCACAUGCCUGGAGCACGGGGAACCUUGGCCUCCUCUGUAGAAGUGGCCAUCUCAGAGCCAGUCCCAAGGCCCCCAAUGUGGCUGUCCCCCCACACUCCUUGGAAAGGAGUCUCGUCAGACUGGGUUUUGGCUAAGACCUUCUCACUUCAGCCCUAAAGAUGGAGCCUGUGGGCUCUCAGAGAGAUACCACAACUUGAGUCCCAAAGAAGAGGCCAGUCAUCCACCCACCUUCCCAAAGAACCUUAAGUACCUGCCCCAGCACCGUAAGGAGGAGGAGAGUGUGUGGAGGCCCAGGUUCUGGCCAUGUCACUGUGCGUGGCCACGUCACCUUGAAGCAGUGAGUAGCUUGACUCACCGCCUUGUCCCUCUGCUGUAGACCAAGAGCAAUGGUGUCUGCCCUGCGACUCUGCAGGGCUGGUGUGGGCAUUGCACUGUGGACAGGACCUGAGGAGGCAUACGUGUUUACGUGGCUUUAUGAGUCACCAGGCCUCCUGACUGCUAGUCCAGGGCUCUCUGUGCUGUUCACACUGUAAUUUUAUGUGGAAGUGUUUUUAUCAUCCUGUGGAUGUGCGGGAAUGAAUGGAGAUCGAGGACCUGGACUCUUGGAGCAGGAGAGUGUGGAUUUUGAGUGGUCUUUGCUUGUGAAGGGUGUGCCAGAAAUGCAUGGGGUUUAAUAAAGCUGAUAUGGGAUUAUCUCAUCACUCUGCCCUUGAGUGUAUUGGGGAGAGCCAGGGAGACGGGAACGGGGAACUGACAGCCUGGGCUCCAUUCUCGUCUCUAAACUUUCCAUUAACCAAUUUAAAGGGUCUUAAAAGCUUCUCCAAGAGAGAGACUUAGAAAAAAUGAUUUCUGAGUCAACGCUAAUGACUUCAAUUACUGAAUUUGUGAAUAGCUGUGCCCUGGUUUCUGGAUGUGAGCCCAAGUUCAAUAGCAUAGAUGUGGUUGAGAGUCGGGUGUGGGAGGGACUGACGACCAAAACCCUUAGUGACUGUUCAGAUGGGAAAGACCACCAGCUCGGCCAGUUCAAAGGUGGGAAGAGUUAAGGGGAGUGUCCACAUUUCCCUCCCUGCUGCUCCCCCCUUCCCCAACCUCCAGUGGUCCUGUCACUUUCCUGUCAUUGCUGGAGCCCUAAGCUUCCUCUAGCCCCACUGCCUCCCCUGCCCCUGCUGCCUUUCCAGGACGGCCCUACACACUGGCCUCGCCCUGCCCUCCCAUGGGGCAGGGGCCUUGUCUUCCUUUUAUUCCAGUAUCCUCAGCACUUAGCACGGGGCCGUGCAGGUAGGGGCUCCAUGCACGCAUUGGUUAAAGCUCGGGGUUUUAAGCUGUGCCGUGCAGUAAUCUCUCUGCAAAAAAAAAAAA